AUGAUUAAAACAGUUGAAGAAAAUAAUGGUGAAUCAGAAGAUGGUUUAACUAUGGAUGAAUCUAAUUCGAUUAGACUAUAUUCAUUGGAAUGGCAACCAAGAGAAAAAUCUGUAUUUUAUAUUCUUAAUAAAGCUCUUCGUUCUGAAAACAGACAACAAUUAAAGCCUUGGUUUCUUUUUCUACGACAUAUUUUGACUGUUCUUGCUCAUCUACCUUCGACUGUUGUUACUGUUUAUCGAGGUAUCAAUAUGGAUUUAGCUGCCAAAUAUCGUACAGGUACAACUAUUGUUUGGUGGGGAUUUUCUUCGUGCAUGAAGAAUAUUAAUCAAUUGGAAAAGAAACUUUUUCUCAAUAAAAUUGGUAAAAGAACUUUGUUCGUCAUCAAUUGUUAUUCUGGUAAAGAUAUUCACCGACAUUCAAUGUAUGAAGGUGAGAGUGAAGUAUUGCUUCCUCCUGCCUGCCAAUUCACUGUAAUGAAUUCUGUUAACAAAGGAAGAGGUCUCCAUGUUAUUGAACUGAACGGAAUUCAACCAUCUUAUGACUUUUUCAAUGCAAUUUCAUCAUCAGCAACAUUUUCAUCAGUCGUUCCAUCAUGUCAAACGAAAUUCGAAGCUAUUUCAACAGUUUCAUUAUGUAAAAAAACGCUUCCAGCUGCACUACCCAAUCCUCGUCUUGAAGACCGUUUCGCCUAUUUGUUUAAGCAACGCUCCAAAGUGGAUCUCAGUUCAAUGAACUUAACUGAUUCAGACAUGGACAUUGUAGUCAGUGAGAUUAUCAUUAGGAGACAAUGUUCAGAAUUGGUUUUAGCUGGCAACAAAAUCACAUCUCAGGGAGUCUUAAUACUUGCCCAUACAUUACGAAAGAAUAAGGUAAGAGAUAUAAUUUCUUUUUAUUUCCAUUUCAAUCAGAUUCAUUACGAAAUAACAUCGUAACCCUCAUUCUCUCUUCAUCUAUCUCAUAUACCCAUCUCCACGUUUUUGCACAGACACUCAUCACACUAGAUCUUAGAUACAAUCAAAUCGGAGCUCUCGGAGCACAACAUCCGGCUGAUGCAUUACGAAAUAAUACCGUGACCCUCAUUCUCUCUUCAUCUAUCUCAUAUACCCAUCUCCACUUUUUCACAGACCCUCACCAGACUGGAUCUUUCGAACAAUCAAAUUGGAGACAAAGGAGCACAACAUCUGGCUGAUGCAUUACAAAAUAAUACCGUGACCCUCAUUCUCUCUUCAUCCAUCUCAUAUACCCAUCUGCACUUUUUCACAGACGCUCACCACACUGAAUCUCGAAAACAAUCAAAUCGGAGCUCUCGGAGCACAACAUCUGGCUGAUGCGCUACAAAAUAACGCAGUGACCCUCAUUCUCUCUUCGUCUAUCUCAUAUACCCGUCUGCACUUUUUCACAGACGCUCACCACACUGAAUCUCGAAAACAAUCAAAUCGGAGCUCUCGGAGCACAACAUCUGGCUGAUGCGCUACAAGAUAACGCAGUGACCCUCAUUCUCUCUUCGUCUAUUUCACAUACCGAUCUCCACUUUUUCACCUAGACACUCAUCACACUAGAUCUUAGAUACAAUCAAAUCGGAGCUCUCGGAGC